AGAAAAACUUUAACAAAAUGCUGAAGUUCUUCUGCCUUAAGAACUUCAGCAUUUUGUUAUUGAUUGAGCCACACCCCCCUUUUGCUGCAAAGCUUGCAAAAGAAAGGCGUGUCUUGUACUAUAAUAGUAUGACCUUUUGGUAAGUUAAAGAUGUCCUUGAAGUUAGCUUUGCAUGGAAAUGUAAAGCACUAGUACCAGUAAAAAAAGCUUGAUCUUAAUUAGUGAAGUUAUAGAUAGCUCUUGAUCUUUUAUCCUUGCUUUAAUAUUCGAUAGCUUGAAUUUUAUAACUGGAUUGCUGCGCCUAUUCAGACUCAGUAAUAUUUCAUUCUCUUCUAUUCACACAGUAACGAAGACAAUGGCUGUAAAUCCACAAGCUUUCGAGCAGUUCAGUCUGAGACAAAUUCGCAUCACUGAGAAUGAGUUGGGACAUGGUUCCUAUGCUGUUGUCAUGGAGCUAGAGUAUCGAGGACUGAAAUGUGCCGGCAAGAAGCUUUACCGAGUUCUCUACGAGACUGGAAUCGGGCAUGCAGCACGAAGGUAUCUGGAAGAGUGUCACCUGCUCAGUCAAACUAGGCAUCCUAACAUUGUCCAGUUUCUGGGAGUCUGUUUUGAGGAAGGCUCUCAGUUCCCCAUCCUAGUCAUGGAGUUCCUCCCCACCAACUUGACCAGCUGUCUCGAGCGCUACGGUAUUCUCCCCGAUGAGAUCAACUUCUCCAUCCUCCAUGACGUCUCACUGGGCCUGGUCUACCUCCAUGGCCAAACACCAGUCAUUGUGCACAGAGACCUCUCAGCCAACAAUAUCCUCUUGUCCACCAACAUGACAGCCAAGAUAUCCGAUCUGGGGGUUGCUCGAAUAUUGAACCUGACCCCCCUUCAAGUGAGUCGAAUGACAGAAACCCCUGGCACCCCAGCGUACAUGCCCCCCGAAGUGAUGGUUGCCGACCCCCACUACGACACCAGUGUGGAUGUGUUCUCCUUUGGGAUCAUGAUGAUUCACACCUUCACAGCAGAGUGGCCACUACCAAGUAUCGGCCCCACCAGAAUUGAUCCUGCUAAUCCUGACAGACUGAUACCAGUGACGGAAGCCGAACGACGUGAACACUUUCUUCGAAGAAUUCCCCUAGACCACCCUCUGAUGGACCUCAUCAUGUGCUGUCUCAGCAAUAACCCUCAGCGAAGGCCUAGAGCAGCGGAGAUAGUGGGUCGGAUGGUGGGUGUGGUACUUGAACACCCUCCCUCCUUUGAGAAUAGAGUGAACAUGCUCCAGCGAGUGAGUGCCCUACUGACAGAGAAGAGGGAGCUUGAGGAGGAGGUUGUGAGGAAGGACUCUACAAUUCAAGAGAAAGCAAGAGAGAACAAGGCACUGGCGGAGGAAAAAAGACGACAAGAGGAAGAAAGUGAAAACACUGUCGAGCGUAUGCAGUUGGUGCACUCUGUGGAAGCCGAACAACAUCAAGCUAUCAUUGAAAAUCUUAAAAACCAGUUGGAUGGCAAACAGGAGCUAGAAACUCAUUGUAAGCAACUCACUGAAGUGAUGGAGCAACAAAUUAAAGAAAAAAACUCUAUUAUCACUCUCAAAGAUUCGAUCAUUGCCUCAAGGGACACUCAUCUAGAGAAAAAAGAAGCCACCAUUCAGAGUUUGCACGACCAACUCACUAAAACCAGAGACUACUUGACCAGCAAACCACAGUCUCUACAGGUUCAGUUGUCCUAUAGUCAGUGCUCUAAGGCUUCAGUGAAGAUGUCACAUGGACUAGCAGUAACCAUCAAUGGCAAAGUCUACUAUGGUGGAGGAGGCUGUGUUUACAAUGAUGACUUGUACUGUGUCCAUUGUUACGAUCUGCCUCAAGACGUUUGGUCAACUUUGCCCAGACUUCCUGUGCGAUGGUUUGGUCUAGGGGAGGUCGAAUGUGAACUGGUAGCAGUUGGAGGUAGGGAUUCAUCCAACUCUAAAUCCAAUGUGGUACAUGUGUUUAACAAAGAAAGGAACUGGAAACGGACGAUCCCACCCAUGCCCACAGCGAGGAGUUCUCCAGCAGUUGUUAGUCUCCCAACACAUCUGAUCGUAGCAGGAGGUCGGUUGGUCUCUGGUGGCUACACUGAUAAAGUUGAAAUUUACAACAUCAGCACCUCCCAGUGGAGCGAGACAAAUAGACUACCGUAUGCUUGUAACUCAAGAGGACUUGUCUGCAACAACACAGUGUACCUAAUGGGGGGAUAUGAUGGCAAUAAUCUCAACAAGGUGUGUGCUGCUCAAGUCGACAAGCUCAUCUCAGCAGACCGAAAGGAUGAUGGGAGUGCCAACUCUGUCUGGAAUACAAUAUCCAACACACCAUCUUACCGGCCCUCCCCUGUAACGAUAUCCGACACCCUCUUUGCUGUUGGUGGAGAGGAUAGUGAAAGAGAGGAUAGUGAAAGAAAAGCCACUCAAAGGAUCUACGCCUACUCAUCCUCGGUGGACUCCUGGCUCUACGUUGGUGAUCUACCAUCUCCUGUAGCAUACCCUGCCACUGUGUCACUGUCUCCAACAGAGUGUUUUGUGAUCGGGGGAUGGAACAAAGAAAUAGAAAGACAAUCAACUGUGUAUAAAAUUAGUAUCACAACAACUAUUUCUUGAGUAUUUUAUGGCUCAAAAUUUAAUGUUCAUGAUAAUUAUUUUCUUGAGUGACAUGUAACCGAUGAGAUAUGUUUUAGCUCGAGA